CAAAUACUAAUAUUUACAUUUUACAAGGAACAUUUGCGAAAAUGAAAUGAAAUGAUGAUGAUGAUGACGAAAUGAUGAUGGUUUACAUGCAAAUUUACCAAAACAAAGACCGAGCCCUCCACUCAAAAUUUCGAUCAGCUGUUCGAAUCUGUCUCAUAAAAUGGCUUAUUGUUUUGUUUUGAUUCGUAUCGCAAUCAUAAACAAAUACUGAUAAGGAGCGCAUCCAGCGAUAAAACGUCGCGCAAAAUAUUUGAUUGAAUAACCAGACUGAAUGCAGCCAUCAUUUUCGCUCGCGAGCGGCGCUCUGCUGGCAAGACGAUUCAGCAUCAGCAUUCAACGAAUUCGAAGAACCAUGUCGACCUCCAGCGGUUCCCAUCCGAGGGUUGCUAUUGCCCAGAUGCGCUCCACCAACGAUAAGAAUCACAACAUGGGCCAGGUCAAAACGAUCAUCCAGAAGGCCAAGGACCAGAAAGCUAGUUUUGUAUUCUUCCCAGAAUGCUGCGACUACGUGGGGACCAAUCGAGACGAAACGUUGAAGCUUUCCGAAACUCUAACCGGCCGAACGGUGACCGAAUACAAACAACUGGCCAAGGCAAAUGGUCUUUGGCUGUCGAUGGGAGGCGUUCACGAAUCGAUUGUCGGGGAGGCGUCCGAGAACGUUCAGAACAUCUACAACACCCACAUUGUGAUAGACGACCGGGGCGAGCUGGUGGCCAAGUAUCGAAAGUUGCACAUGUUUAACGUCGUGACGCCGGAGUUCAAAUUUCGAGAAUCGGAGACUGUCCGUUCGGGGAGCGAGCUCGUGUCUCCGAUCGAUAGUCCCAUCGGUAAACUUGGGCUGCAAAUUUGCUACGAUGUUCGGUUCGCGGAAGCGAGUACGCUUUUGCGGAAGCAGGGAGCGCAGAUUCUGACGUACCCCUCGGCGUUUGCUGUCUCAACGGGCCGUGCCCACUGGGAGGUCUUACUCCGAGCUCGAGCUAUCGAAAAUCAGUGUUUCGUCAUAGCGGCGGCCCAAAUAGGGUUCCACAAUAAAAAGCGAGAGAGCUAUGGCCACGCCAUGGUUGUCAAUCCCUGGGGUGUCAUCGUGGGGGAAGCUAGCGAGCAAGAUCUGGACGUGGUUGUGGUCGAAUUAGAUUUUGAAAAAUUAGCAACUGUUCGUCAAAAUAUGCCAUGUUUCGAACACAGGAGAGACGAUAUUUACAAUCUGUCAUAUCGGAAAGGAACCGCCAAACUGGAGAACUUCGACGAAAAAUAUAACUUUGGCGGUUAUGACAUUCCAAAGGAAACGAUUUUCUACUCGUCAGAGUUCUGCUAUGCCUUCGUUAAUAUUCGUUGCGUAGUUCCGGGUCAUGUGCUCGUGUCGACCAAGCGGUUCGCGGCCCGCAUGCCGGACCUCAACCCGGCGGAAAUCAACGACUUAUUCCAGACGGUUUGCAAAGUGCAAAAGGUAGCCGAGCGUUUGUACAACGGAUCGUCGUCCACGGUCACAGUUCAGGACGGCCCGGAAGCCGGUCAAACCGUGUUUCACGUGCACUGUCACGUGAUGCCUCGGCACGAGGGUGAUUUUCCGGAGAACGAUCAAAUCUAUGGCGAACUCAAUAGGCACGAUAAGCAACCGGAGAGGCCCCGCCGGCCAAUAGAGGAAAUGCGAGCCGAGGCGGACCGGUUCCGAGAGGAGUUUGCCCGUAUGGGGUUGUGAAGUUGCCCUGAACGGUGAAUUGAUGUUUAAUUUUAAGAAUAUGAAAUGUUAUGAAAUAUUCUCAAGGCUAGGUUGUUUUUUUAAUUUUAAAGUUUAAUAGGAGUAUAUCAAACAUUAAGAAUACAAUAGUCAUAGUCAUUAGUGAUGACUUUAAAUUAGUGCUGCUAAAUGUUUUUAUAUGAAUGAUGUCAAAUGGGUAAAAAUAAAGUAUCACAUAAUUUGUAUAAUAAA